UGAGCCACUGUCUGGAGGCGCACCCCGGCUACUGAGGGUGGAGGCCGCAGGAGCGAGAGCGGGUAAGGGGCUUCGAGAAGGAAAAGGCGGUAGCGCCCCCACUAGGUGGUACGGGACGCGAGCACGGGUGCCUGCGAAGCGCCAGGUUAUAGCGAACGCACCAGCUGAGCCCUCUGUAACUGGAGCCCCCGCGCCAGUUUGUUUUGGGAAGCCACCAGGAGGAGCCUGACCAUUCUGCCUUUUGUGGCCACAAUGCUGACAGCUCGCCUCUCCAGACCCCUGUCACAGCUCCCAAGGAAAACCCUGAAUUUAUAUGAUAGAGAAAAUGGAACAAGAGGCUCGCUGCUGUUUUACUCUGCCCCCUUCGUCCCUGUUGGCCAUCGGACUUACGCUGCUUCAGUGAACCCGGUUGGCAGCAAAGCUGUCCUGAUCACGGGCUGUGACUCGGGAUUCGGGUUCUCCUUGGCCAAGCAUCUGCAUUCAGAAGGCUUCCUUGUGUUUGCUGGCUGCUUGAUGAAGGACAAAGGGAGUGAUGGGGUCAAAGAGCUGGACAGCAUGAAGAGUGAUCGCUUAAGAACUGUCCAGCUCAACGUCUGCAAAAGCGAAGAGGUGGAUAAAGCGGCGGAGGUCAUCCGCUCGAGCCUGGAGGACCCUGAGAAAGGCUUGUGGGGCCUGGUUAACAAUGCGGGCAUCUCGACGUUUGGAGACGUGGAGUUCACCAGCAUGGAGACCUACAAGGAGGUGGCAGAAGUGAACCUCUGGGGCACCGUUCGGGUGACGAAAGCCUUUCUCCCCCUCAUCCGGAGGGCAAAAGGCCGCGUUGUUAACAUCAGCAGCAUGAUGGGCCGCAUGGCCAACGUGGCCCGUUCCCCAUACUGCAUCACCAAGUUCGGGGUGGAGGCUUUCUCUGACUGCCUGCGCUAUGAGAUGCACCCGCUGGGAGUGAAGGUCAGCGUGGUGGAACCCGGCAACUUCAUCGCCGCCACCAGCCUCUAUGGCGGCACUGAGCGCAUCCAGGCCAUCGCCAACAAGAUGUGGGAGGAGCUGCCCGAGGUGGUGCGCCAGGACUACGGCAGGAAGUACUUUGAUGAGAAGGUCGCCAGGAUGGAGAGCUACUGCACCAGCGGCUCCACAGACACCUCUCCCGUCAUCAAGGCUGUGACCCACGCCCUGACCGCCACCACUCCCUACACUCGCUACCACCCCAUGGACUACUACUGGUGGCUGCGGAUGCAGAUCAUGACCCACUUCCCCGGAGCUAUCUCCGACAGGAUCUAUAUUCACUGACAAGUUUCGCGCUGGCCUCUGCUGGGGAGCCCUGGGUGUGGGGGAAGAGGAUGGAGGGAGGGAGGGGGAGGGGCUUGUGCCAUCACCUCCUGGUGUCUCACUGGUGGAUUAGCCCCAUCCCAGGAGGACCCACCACCAGUCUGAGCAUUAACUAGAGCAGGUAGCCCAGCCCAAUUUGCAUACCCAGUGAAUGGCUCAGGCCUUCUCAGUUGGGGUGCAGAAUGGUGGGCAGGGCCCGCAAACCUCAGGGCAAACAUGGUGCCUCUGUCUUUCUGGAGUUGAUUUUAUACAAAGAUUUUAGGUAGAUAUCUUUAUGUUAACAACAGAUUUAUUAUAAAAUAGAAUACAAAUCCUUUAUAUUUUAAAGCCAAACACAAGUUGAAAAAAUAUAUCUCAUUUGAGCCUUAAACCAGCCUCAUAAGGACAGGUUUUUUUUUUUCUUUUGUACAUGAAGCAUUUUUGGCCCAAAGAAGAUACGUGAAUUGCCCUUUUAUUGCUUAUAAGUCAAUUUUGCUUAUAUUGAUUUCUAUAAAAUAUGAAGGUCCAGGUUCCUGCCACUGCUGUAGAAAUGUUUCACGUUUUAUAUUCCGGGGUGGCUCUGGGGCCAGUCACUGGAGGAUCCAUGAUGAGCUCUGUGCCCUCCUUGCCUGAGCCGUGCACACCACGUGCCCACCGUGCGCCUCUCUGCAGGUCCUUGGUGUUGCUGUGUGCAGCCUGCAGCAGGCAGUUCAGAGCUCAGUGAAGGGGGUGGCAACAUUCUGGAGAUUUACAUUUGAGAUUUCUCCAACCUGUUUUAGGACAAAUGUGUGGAGGUGCCCAAUGGCUAAGAGGUAGUUUGUUUCUAGCUUGGAUCCGCUUGGUUCUGCCCAGGGCGGGAUGCAUGUUGAUGGGGCAUCCUUGGCAGGAGCUGUGAUAUAUAGGAUGGGCACUGUGGCAUCUUCUCCCCUGGGUGGGUCCAGGUUCCCUGUCUGUCUCAUGUGGUGCUUGCACACACACACACCUGUUCUAUGGCACUCCAGCGUGGCCUUCAUUGACAGCUCACCUUCCUGCUAUGGCCUUAUUUUUAAUUAAGCCAGGCCACUGAUAAGUAGAGUUUGUCUUAUCACUUCUUGGGUUUGGCUUUGAAGGCUAAACUCACAGUAUCCUUGAAAUUGUCCAGAACCUGCAUGUUUGGACCAGAACCAGGCAACACCCUUCUCUAGGUAGCUGCAUACCUUGAGAUAGGGCCCUGAGUUCAGCCCUGCAAAUCAAACCGGCCCUUCUGCCUCGCCCUGAAAGGGCCAGGCCUGCCGCUAGAGGGCAGCCUGCCUCCUUCACAGCCAGAGUGGCCUCAGCUCCCGAUUUGGGAGCUUCCACCCAAGCCUGAGGUCUCAGAGGGCUGGUGCUCCCCACCUUGAAAGCACUCCAGGCAGAAUGACACAGAGCCACUUUAGAAACAGUGUUCCUGCUCUCCUAGUAGUUUCCUGGAUUAAACAUGGAGUCUGGUUCCAGAAGGCAGAACCUGGGCAGCUGGAACCUGCCACAGGGCUCAGGCAAAGCCAAAGAAGAGGGGGUCUCACAGCCUUUGAAUUCAGCUUACCUGUUAGGGAGUCAUGCCCUCUGCUGUCAAUCAGGGAUGCCCUGCCCAGCUCACUGUGUGCAGAGUGAGGCCCAGAGGGCCUGUGUGGGUGAUAGGUGGGCAGGGAGGCUGAAACCACCUCCAGAAACCCUGGGAGGGACACUUGAUGGCCAUUGUCUUUCCACAACAAGAAGAGCUUUUUGAGUCACAGAACUUGCUUUUCAGAGUCUCAUUUUUUAUAUCUUGGGAGAUUUUGUGUCCAUGCUUAAUUUUAUCAAGGAAAAAUGUAUGCCGCAGUUGUUCGUGUGCAUGGAUGCCUGGGAACUGGCGGGAAAGGGUGAUGGUCACACUCUGUGGGUCAGGAUCAGCAGUAAACCGGUCACUGGAGAAGCACGUCUGCAUCUGGGACCCCCAGGGGUAAGUCAGAACUGCUAGGCUGCCCUGCAGGCCGCCCUGAUUUUUAAUUUUUAUCCCAGUGAUUGAAAAACCCAGAACAACUUUCCUCCAGAUCUCAAAGCUAAUUAAAACCUGAUGCAAAGAACUGACUCAUUGGGAAAGACCCUGGUGCUAGGAAAGAUUGAAGGCAGGAGGAGAAGAGGACGACAGAGCAUGAGAUGGCUGGAUGGCAUCACCGCCUCGAUGGACAUGAGUUUGAAUAAACUCCGGGAGUUGGUGAUGGACAGGGAAGCCUGGCGUGCUGCUGUCCGUGGGGUCGCAAAGAGUAGGACAUGACUGAGCGACUGAACUGAAUUAAAACCUCACAAUUACCAUUCA